CCACCAUUUUCCUAACAAAGAGAUGUUAAAAACUCUAAGAUUCUUAACAGCUAGAUCUCCUAUCAAUUUUUCCUUAGCAAAUAUUCUCCCACUUUACCCAAUAAAUCCUUUUUCUCUCCAAGCCCCCACGAAACCCCUCUUUAUUGAAUCUAUAAUUUUAAUAACAUAUUUUGAGACAAGAUAGCCUCCAAUGGUGAGUAUAAAAGUGUGCAACAUCGGGUGUUGGCCAACUCUAAUAAGAACCCACGAAUUACGCUGGUUGAAUUCUUCAAUCUGAGCAAAUGGAAAGGAAAUGGUUACUAUGGACCUCUUCCGGAGUUGCUAUCGGCAGAGAAACCAGCGAUUUAUCGUAAUUUUACCGAACAAGAGUUCCUUGAGAAUUUCUACAGCAAGGGGAUAUUAAUUCAUAUUUCUUUUUUUUGGAGUGUGGCUUUGUUGAUUUUAUAAAAGGAAAGGAGGAUCAAUUUGGUGCGUAUGCUGCUGUUGAAUUUCCAAGUAUAUUGUUGAAGAUUGUUAAAGAAUAGAAAGAUUGUGCAGAAUUAAUUGGAAGGCACUUGCUUGCAAUUUUUGUUUUUUUUUUUUUUUUAGGAGGCUUUUGCUGCUUUGUGAAUUGAAAGAGUGGCUUUGUGAAUUGUAGCGGUAGAAUGGGGUGAAAAUAGUGGGUGUUGGGAAUUAAGUCAGCGGCGUGGAAUUGUAUUUGAGAAAUUGAAGGAAUUGGAGGAAUCGAGGAGGUGAGGGAGAUGGAGAUGAUUCCAGAAGGGGCAAAAACAAUAGGUGAGGGCAAAAACAGUAGGUGAGGGAGAUGGAGAUGGAGAUUAUUCCAGAAGGCUCAGAGGAGUUGAAGAGGCGAGGGAGAUAGAAAUGGAGGUGAUUCCAGAAAGGGACGAAAAACAGUAGAGGCAAAGUUAAGAGAAACGACGUCGUUUUGAUCUGGGACUCUAAUUUUUUUUUAGAGGCAAGCUGAUGCGCACUUUUUCGUGUAUAUAUAUAAUAUAUAUAUAUAUAUAUAUAUAUUGGAAAAGUGUACAUCAGUCCUGCCUCCUAAAAAAAUUUGGAAUCUCAAAUCAAAACGACGUCGUUUCUCUUAACUCUGCCUCUACUGUUUUUCGUCCCUUUCUAAAAUCACCUCCAUUUCCAUCUCCUACUCCUGGCCCAAUUCCUUCCUCGCCUGCACCCGCUGCAAUCUCCACUAUUUCCUUGCUAGCUACUCCUUCGUCGUGGCCGCCGCUUACGCCCUAUACCUCCUCAUUGCCCCGUUCUCUCUCUCUCGCCCUCCUCUCCGUCAUCAUUGCGCUUUGGAUCUUCCUCUACUUGUUCAAAGAAGACUGUUUAGUGUUGUGGGGCCAUAGCAUAAGCGAUCGAUGGGUGUGGCGGUGAUGUUUUCUUGUUUCCCAUUUUUGUUUCCUCCCAUUUCUUGAAAUUCCUUCUUACUUUUCGACAUCGCACGGUAAAUGAGAUGGAAAUUUGCCUUUUUUAGGUCGGUAUAGAUGUGGUAUAGAUGUGCCGAGAUCAAUUCUUGUUCUAGGCUCUGGUAGCUCCUAAUUGAGUGCUUUGUGCGGCAUGGUGGAGAAUUUGGUCAUCAGGUUCGGUGUUGGAUGCUUUGUUUGUGGGGUUCACGCAAUUUUCAGGAACUUUGAUGGACUGUACUUAGAAGAGAAUGAUGUUGUUUGCUAUGGUUUGGUACGUUGUUCUGGAUCUUCAAGUUAGGAUAUUAAUUCAUAUUUCUUUUUUUUGGAGUGUGGCUUUGUUGAUUUUA